GCACCGCGCGCCCCUCUUCCUUCCUCUUUCCGCCAUAUUGCAGAACUGGCAUCAUGGUGCGCAUGAACGUUCUCGCUGAUGCGCUGAAAAGCAUCAAUAAUGCUGAGAAACGUGGAAAACGCCAGGUUCUCCUCAGGCCCUGCUCUAAAGUCAUAGUACGCUUUCUGACUGUGAUGAUGAAGCAUGGUUACAUUGGUGAAUUUGAGAUCAUUGAUGAUCACAGAGCCGGGAAAAUUGUAGUCAAUCUCACAGGGAGGCUGAACAAGUGUGGCGUCAUCAGCCCACGGUUUGAUGUGCAGUUGAAGGAUCUGGAGAAGUGGCAGAACAACCUUCUCCCGUCCAGACAGUUCGGAUUCAUCGUUUUGACAACCUCAGCUGGCAUCAUGGACCACGAAGAGGCCAGACGAAAACACACAGGAGGAAAAAUCCUUGGGUUCUUUUUCUAAACAUGUAAAGUCGCCAACAAAUAAACAGUGGAAGUAAA